AUGGUGAAGUUAUUGAUUAUGGAUGGAUCUUCGAAUUCCGAUAUCAAAGACCGUUUCUUCGAUCAAACACCACUGUCUGUGGCUACACAGAACGGCCAUGAAUCGACAGUAAAGCUGCUUAUUGAAACUGGAAAAGUGGAUGUCAAUUCUAAAUGUAAUACUGGUUCCACACCAAUAUCUAUCGCUGCAGCAAAAGGCCAUGAAGCCUUGAUGAAGCUAUUGCUUCAGAAUGAAAAAGUUAAUGUUGAUACCAAAUAUCAUAGUGGCCGCACACCAUUGUCUCAUGCUGCGAAUAACGGUCAUGAAACGGUAGUAAGGCUACUGCUUGAUACAGGAAAAGUGGAUGCGAACUCUAAGGAUAACGAUGGACAUACACCAUUAUGCCUUGCUGCAAUAGAGGGCCAUGAAGCAGUAGUGAAACUAGUACUUGAGACUGGGAAGGUUGAUAUUAACGCCAGAGAUGUCAUUGAUCGAACACCACUGUUUUGGGCUAUAUGCCGCAAGCACGAAGCAAUAGUCAGGUUAUUACUUGAAACUAGAGAUGUGGAUGUCAAUCUCACGGAUAACGAGGGCGUGUCGCCAUUGUCCCAGGCAAUAAAGAAUUGCCAAAAGACGUUAGUCAAGCUGUUGCUUGCAAUAGAAAACGUGGAUGUCAACUCUAGGGAUUGUAUCCAAGGCAAUACACCAUUUUCCUACGCACUAACACCCGCACUAUCACAACGAGAUAAAGAGUAUAUGGAACUGCUACUUGAAACUGGAAAUGUUGAUCUCAAUUGCAAGGAUAAUGAUGGUUAUACACCAUUAUCACAGGCUGCUUUACUUGGCGAUGUCGAGGUGGUACAGUUUCUGCUUGAAACUGGACAGGUGGAUGUCAAUUCUGUUGAUAACCUGGGUUUCACACCAAUGCGAUGGGCUGCGUAUCAAGGCCAUGAAGAAGUGAAGAAAUUGCUAGCUGAUGCUACUUUUGCUUCCCGAGGGUCCUCUGUAACUUUGCACGGAGACAACCAGUUGAAAAGACAACUCGAAACCACCAAUAUUAUAGCACUUGCGUUCAACAAAGUCGGUUACAUCUCAAUCCAGAUUCUGAACUCGGCAAGCCCCUCGGUGCGAUACCUGAAGCCUGACCUGACGUUAUGA